AUGUUGUUUGUGAUCCAGGUCCAUCUACUUUUAACUACUGUUGGAUAAUUCAAACUUGACUCAUAUAGUCACCUUAUUUUGUGCCUUCAAAUAAACGUGGUUGAGUUAAUAAUGGAAUAUUUCCAUCUAAAAUCAGUGUUACACCUUGUGUAAACAACAAAGGACUGAUACAAUAAGCUAAAAUAAGAUAUGAUGAGAUAAACUUUAUUGAUCCUACACUGGGGAAAUGUACUUAAUACAGCAGCAACAGUCAAAAAGAGGUAGACAAAAGAAUAGGAGAUAAAUAGAAUAAAAAUAGAACUGCACUCAAAAAAACAAUAAAAAGAGAUUUGUGUUUUGCUAGUUUUUUUGUAGUUCCCAUGAGGAGCGAGUCAGGCCAGUAACAGAUAAUAAGAUCCAUGCGACUAAUCCAUUAUUUUAAGUUGAAACUGUUGUUGUUGUUAAGCUUAUUACAAUACAGACGACGGGUCUGUUCCUUAAAAUAUAUUCCCUUUAAAAUUGUAAAUCAUAUUCUUAAUGCAAUCUGUGUGGAAUAUGGUUUUAUCAUGUGGGUAAUAAUAAAGUGUGGUGUAGUGUUGUGACGAUUAUGUGGGUAGAGAGCUUGGUUUCCCUCUUCUUAAUACUGAGAGCACUAAAAUGACCUCAGAGUAUGACAGGAUUAACAUCUAUGUAUCUGUAUGUAGUGUGGGCAGGAGAGUUUUUGUCUUUUUUAGAGCUCCACUGCUGAGAUGAAGACAACAGGAGAGAGCUCUACUAAUAAUCUGACUCUCAAGAAGUAUUGAAGUGCCAUGAAGAGAGAGAGUCAUUGGUAGACAGAGGACAAGAGUACAUGUAAGGAGGGAAGGAGUGAGGAGAGCCUGGUCAGGUACAGAGGGGAGGGGAGGAGGGCGGAGGAAAGGAGGGGGCAGCAGCUAACGCAGCAUAAUCAGCCUGGGCUGCUUGGUUACCUUCCAAACAAAGCUGCUGAUUUGUGGAGCAAUUGGGAGAGGAGGGGAAAAGCCAGUGAGACAGACAGAAAAGAGGAAGGGAGGAUGGAGAGAGAUGAGGGGAGUGAUUGCACCAUGCCACACACACUUGAAGCUCAGUCUCCCUGGGAGACAGUGGCAGCGCGGGAUCACGGCAUGACAGUGAAACAGUAGAGUCUCCACUUCACCGCACUUUCACUGAGCUGUGUCCCCAUCCAUCCAGACAGACAGACAGACAGACAGACAGACAGACAGACAGACAGACGGAGAGCACCAGUAGGCCUAACAGUGAGAGCUCUGUGCUGGAGAGGAACGGAGAGUCAGGACGGGAGUGCUGGAAGAAGACAGAAGAGUUGACAGAGCUCUGGGGGGAAGGGGUGGGGGGCAAUCGAGAGCGGGAGGACAUGGAGGAGGCAGGAGUCUGAGGAUGCACGGAACAAGCAGGCGGAGUUGCUGAACGUGCAGCUGCAGCAGGAGCAGCAGCCCAGGCGUGCACGCACGCACGCACGCACGCACACGCACACACGCACACACACACACACACACACACACACACACACACACACACACACAAUCAAACAAACAAACAAACACACACACACACCCAGUGGAGGAUGAAGAAGCACUCAGCCCGAGUGGCUCCUCUCAGCUCGUACAGCUCUCAGGUCCUGACCUGUGCCAUCUCUGAAGGAGAGGAUGGGUCGGAGUCUCAUGCAGAGACACCAGGCAGCGAGACCAGUGGAGAGAGCCGAUCCUACCGGACCUGCACCAACACAGCCCUGAAGGUACUGGGUGGUCUGCUGCUGGUGCUGUGUGUGUCCUCCUCCUGGGUGGGUACAACUCAGGUGGUGAAGCUGACCUACCAGUCGUUCUCCUGUCCCUUCUUCAUCUCCUGGUUCAGCAGCAACGGGAACAUCCUGUUCUUCCCCAUCUACUACUCUGGACAUAUGGUUCUAACAGGGGAGAAGCAGACGCCAAUACAGAAAUUCAGGGAGUGCAGCAAGCUCUUUGGGGAGGAUGGGAUGACUCUCAAGCUUUUUGUCAAAAGGACGGCACCCUUUUCAAUCCUGUGGACACUGACCAACUACCUGUACCUCCUGGCCUUGAAGAAACUGACUGCCACUGAUGUCUCUGCCCUCUACUGCUGCCACAAGGCCUUCGUCUUCCUCCUGUCUUGGAUCGUCCUCAAGGAUCGGUUCAUGGGUGUUCGGAUUGUGGCAGUCAUAAUGGCCAUCACGGGUAUUGUCAUGAUGGCCUAUGCUGACGGUUUCCACGGUGAUUCCUUUGUGGGUGUGGCAUUAGCUGUGGGCUCAGCCUCAACCUCGGCUCUAUACAAGGUGCUGUUCAAGAUGUUUCUGGGCAGUGCCAGCCUUGGAGAGGUGGCCCACUUCCUUUCCACCAUGGGCUUCUUCAACCUCAUCUUCAUCUCCUGUGUGCCCCUCAUCCUCUACUUCACCAAGGUUGAGCACUGGGGCUCUCUGUCCUCACUGCCCUGGGGAUACCUGUGUGGACUGGCAGGACUGUGGCUGGUGUUCAACAUCUUGGUGCAUGUUGGUGUGGUGCUGACCUACCCCAUUCUCAUCUCCAUAGGGACACUGCUCAGUGUGCCUGGCAAUGCAGCCGUAGAUGUUUUGAAACAUGAGGUGAUCUUCAGUGUGGUGCGUCUGGCAGCCACCUGCAUCAUCAGCCUGGGCUUCUUGCUCCUGUUGCUGCCAGAGGAGUGGGACUCAGUCACGCUGCGUUUCCUGGCCAACAUCGCAGAUAAGAAGUCAGAGGAACACGGCGAAGAGCUCACGGAGUCCAGCGUCCACACUCGCAGCCGCAGUCGGGCAAACGGCACCGUCUCCAUUCCCUUAGCGUGACAUGGGUAUGAUGACAUGAGCUCUGCCCGGAGCCGCCGUUAACCAGUCGUGAAGCUCUAUCUUCUCACUCAUGCCCCUCCAUUGCUCAUCCAGGAGGUGUGGCAGGAUGUUCAGUCCACAUGGACACACCAUUGGGAAGACAGGAAGUAUUGUCUCACAUUUUUAAACUUCUCUCUGGAGGUGUAUCUCUGUCUCCGUCACUUCAUAGCAGGAGGAGAAAAGAGAACAUUUAUGGAAACGGUGGAAAGUGUUAUUCACUUUCUUGAAAUACUUGCCACGCUCAGUCCUGUUCCUUGCACGCACCCAAACCAAGAGCUGACUAACCUCCCCUGCUGCUCUGCGGACUGUAUUCUGUGAAUAUAAAAAUAUUGACAGGGCCAGUUUGGCUCAAUCUUAUAUGUAUUUAUGCUAUUUAUUUAGAGCUGUGUCAAUAAGAGUAUUAAUUUUAAGUCCUAUAGAAUAGCAUUAUAUUAAAAAAUGGCAAUUAUACUAUGUGUAAUGUACAGGAUAUUUUGGUUUGAUAAUAAAAGACU